AUCAGCCUCUUUAAAGCCGCCGAUUAAAAGCAAGAGGAAAUUCUACAAUUCUGAAUCCAUUGGAAACCAACCUCUUGGGCGGCCACUAUCAGAAUCCAAAAAACUGCUGCUUUUAUUCUUGAAAUCAUUAGGAUUCUUGUCUCAGAAUCAUUCAAAGUCUAGCAUAAAUACUCGUUUCACUGUUUGAAAUGAUCAGAAGAAAAUUCCCUACUCCUCUAAUUAAUUGGUACUUCCCGACUGCCGUUUGUCAUGGCUACUUUAAGCUCUUCUCUUCUCUUCCUUCUUUGGAAUUGGAUACCCAGUUACGUUCUCUUUGUGAAAUUCCCAAUUCUCAAAUUUCCGAAGCAUUUUCACUCUUUAAUCGAGCUGUUGAGUCUCAUAUAUUUCCUUCUCCUUCCACAUGCAACUUUCUUGUUCACGCAUUCUCAAGGUCAGGCAACUCUGAUUUAGCGUAUUCUGUUUAUAAAAAAAUGACCCAUUUUUGCAUUUUUCCAAAUUUUGUAUCAUUGAGUUGUUUAGUUGGCUGCUUUGUUAAAGUCCAUAAACCUCAUUUUGGACUUGGUGUUGUGGGGAUGAUAAUUAAGCGUGGUUUUAAUGUCAAUACAAUUGUUAUGAGUCUUCUGUUGAAGGGGUUCAAUAGAAAUGGUGAAUUUGACCAGGCAAUUGAGGUUUAUAGAAAAAUGGGCACUUUUGGUUUGUCACCAGAUAUUGUAAGUUAUAACAUUCUUAUAAAUUGCCUAUGCAAGGAAGGGAAGCUCAAAGAAUCGUUGGAGUUGUUGGUUGAGAUGGAGAAUUCGGGUUGUCAACCAAAUUUCGUAACAUACACAAUUUUGAUGGAUGGCUUUUGUAAGGAUGGUCGAGUGAAUGAGGCAUUUGGAUUGCUGAAGGAGAUGGGAGAUAUUGGUUUAGAAGCUGAUGUUGUUGUGUACAGUACCCUAAUAAGUGGUUUAUGUAGAGAAGGGAAUUUCGAUAAAGGAAAACAACUCUUUGAUGAGAUGCUGGCAAAGGAGAUCACUCCUAAUGUGGUUACAUAUGGUUGUUUGAUACACCAGCUUUGUAAAAUUGGGAAACUGAAAGAAUCCUCUGAAAUGUUUAAGGAUAUGAUACAACGUGGAAUUAAGCCUGAUGUUGUAACUUACACAGGUUUAAUUGACGGGCUUUGCAAGGGAGGAUUGGUUGCAAAGGCGAAAGAGGUUUUCAAGUUGAUGGUACUUGAGGGUGAAGAGCCUAAUACUGUUACUUACAAUGUUAUAAUUAAUGGAUUGUGCAAGGAAGGUCUGAUUAGUGAUGCUUUAAAAACAUUGAACGAGAUGCUGGAGAAGGGUUUAAGGGCUGAUGUGGUUUCUUACAACACGUUACUGAUGGGACUUUGUUGCAAUGGAAAGGUUGAUGAGGCAAUGAAACUUUUUGAUGUUUUAUCGAAGGAUGAGAGCUCUAUUGAGCCAGAUGUUAUUACCUUCAAUAUGCUAAUGAUGGGUCUCUGCAAGGAAGGUCGUCUAGAUGAUGCUAUGGAGAUCUAUAAUAAAAUGGUGAAGAGGGGAGUGGUGGGUAGCUUAGUAACUUAUAAUACUUUGAUGGGAGGACAUCUGCAGAUGGGCUUUGUCAACAGGGCAAUGGAAAUUUGGAAACAUGUCUUGGAGUUUGGAUUGGUUCCUGACUCAAUUACUUAUAGUGUUAUGAUUAAUGGAUUUUGCAAAAUGCAUAUGCUUAAUAUUGCAAAAGGACUUUUUUGUAAAAUGAAAGCUUCUGGUUUCAGCCCUUCUGAGAUUAACUACAAUACAAUUAUGGCAUCCUUGUGUAAAGAAGGCAGUGUGGAGCAAGCUAGGACAUUGUUUCAAGAAAUGAGGAACUCAGAUCAUAAACCAAACCUUGUCUCUUUUAAUACAAUAAUUGAUGGAACUCUAAAAACAGGGGAUAUUAAGUCUGCCAAGGGAUUGCUAAGAGAUAUGCUAAAUAUGGGUUUUCAACCAGAUACUUUGACCUUUUCCACAUUGUUAAAUAGAUUUUCAAAACUUGGUCUUAUGGAUGAGUCUAAAAAGAUUCUUGAGAAGAUGAUGGCCUGUGGUAUACCACCGGAUUCCUUUGUGUUUGAUUCUUUAUUAAAAGGUUAUUACUCAAGAGGUGAAACAGGGGAAAUUAUUGAUUUGCUUUAUCAAAUUGCUGAUAAGGGUGUUGUUUUGGACACAGAACUUACUUCAACUAUCUUGAUGUGCAUCUGUCAUUGCUCCGACAAGGAUGAUGUCAUGGAUUUUCUCCCCAAUUUUGCUCAAGAAGCAUCAAAAGGAACAAGUGUUUUAAGCAAUGACUUAUUACUGAAACUUGAUAUCUUACCUACCACUUGACAUGCGUUGAAUGAACAAUUUUUCAUGCCAAGAAAAUCUUUAACGGUACUCUAAAUAUUAGUCUAUUAAUGUAAGUCACAUGUUCACUUUAU